GGCGGAAACAGAGGCUGUGGGAUGCUGACAGACUCUUCAUUGAUGCUUAAAAUGGCGAGAGCGUCUUGGACCCCAUUGAGCCACUGAACAGUAGAUUGGUUGGUCGGAUCAUGUCUUAGCUGAGAUUGGACGCUUGAAUUGCAUUUUAUAAUUAUUUUUAUUUUUUAAAUCCACUGCUUCCCUCCAAUCAACGCUGUAAUUUUUCCACGAGUGCUGGAGUAUUAUCUGUGUUUAAAUGGCAUCCAAACGGCGCCCAUGCCUUGUUUCGUGCUUUUUGGGAAUCCUUCUCAAAGCUUUAAUCGGUGGGGUUUGUGGAGCUGAACUCUCCUUGAAGCUGGAGCCCAGCGACAUCAUUGCUGUUCAGGAGCAGCCGCUCAUGCUCCACUGCCAGGUGCAUGGCAUCCCACCCAUCACCACGCAGUGGAGGCGCAACGGCCUGCUCUUAACUCAGGAACGGCAUUACACCACCUUCAUCAACGGCUCGCUUCUGAUAGCCCACUUCCAAAAGACCAAGUCUGAUGGCUCAUCUGAUGAAGGCGACUACGAGUGCAUGGCCCAGAACUCUUUUGGGCGCGUGGUGAGCCGAAAAGCCCGCAUUCAGGCAGCCACUAUGGCAGACUUCCAUGUGCAACCAGAGUCGGUGCAUGCUGAGGAAACUGGUGUGGCUCGAUUCCAGUGCCAGAUCCAUGGUCUGCCAGAGCCGGUCAUUAGCUGGGAAAAAGACAGUCGUCCAGUGGACACUACAAAUGAGAGGUAUACACUGCUACCAACAGGUGUUCUGCAGAUCACAGGACUGCGUCAAGACGACAGUGGGAACUUCUGUUGUGUGGCACAUAACAGUGCAGGAGUAAAACACAGUGCAGAGGCUCUUCUAACUGUUUCAGGCUCUCACUCUUCUGUUUACAAAGAGCCUAUGAUUCUGGUCGGCCCAGAGAAUCUCACCCUCACUGUUCACCAGACUGCCAUCCUGGAGUGUGUUGCCACAGGAUACCCUCGCCCCAUUGUGUCUUGGAGCAGAUUAGACGGCCAGCCCAUCGGAGUGGAGGGAAUUCAGGUGCUCGGCACAGGGAACCUGAUGAUCUCAGAUGUUGGUGUGCAGCACUCUGGCGUCUACGUUUGUGCUGCUAACAAACCAGGGACACGUGUUCGCAGGACAGCUCAAGGACGACUAGUAGUCCAAGCUCCAGCAGAGUUUGUUCAGCUUCCACAGUCCAUCGCUCGACCAGUUGGCACCACAGCCAUCUUUACCUGCCAAGCGCAGGGUGAGCCCGAGCCUCAGCUCACCUGGCUGAAGAAUGGGCAGGUUCUGGAGCCAGGAGGACAUGUUAAACUCAGGAACAACAACAGCACUCUGACGAUAUACAGCAUCAGCCAGGAGGAUGAGGCCAUCUACCAGUGCAUCGCUGAGAACAGUGCCGGCUCCACUCAGGCCAGUGCCCGUCUCACUGUGCUCUGGGCGGAUGGACUGCCUGGUGUGCCCACCCAUGUGCAGGCAGAGGCCCUCUCCCCCACCACCAUUCAGGUGUCCUGGAGGGAGCCCGACCGAAACACUCAGGACAUCAUCGGAUAUGUGCUCCACAUUCGCAAGACAUCAGACCCACUGGAAAUGGAGUAUGAGGAGGCGGUCAGUAAGGUGACACUACAGCAGAUCAUCCGCGACCUGGAGCCCUCCACCAGUUACAACUUCUACGUCAAGGCCUACACAUCCCAUGGAGCCAGCAAACCAUCAGAGAGGGUUACAGAAAGCACUCACGGCGAGGUGCCUGCUCCUCCUUCCCUCUUCACCAAGGUGUUGAACAGCAGUGUUGUACAGGUAACGUGGGAUUCUUCCUCCAAGAUGGGCCAACACCAAGGCUUCAGACUCUACUACAGGAGAGCACAUACGCCACUGUUUAUUGGUCCCAUCCCUUUCCCUCACAACAUCACCCAGUACAACAUCACUCAGCUUGAUUCUUCCAUGGUUUAUGAGAUAAAGCUCCUUGCAUACAACCAACACGGAGAUGGGAAUGCCACCACUAGAAUUGUUUCACUUCGUGAGGCACUAGAAAAAUCUGUGCUGGAUGGCUCAUGUAACUGUGUAAAAGAUGAACAGAGCAAAACCUCCACUACCGGCAUCAUAAUUGGAAUCCACAUCGGUGUGACGUGCAUCGUCUUCUGUGUGCUCUUCCUCGUCUUCAGCUACCGCGGCAGGCUAAUGAUGUGUAAGACAGUUCAAGCCACCCCCCAGGCAGGGCACAGCACAGUCCUGGAAUCCUCUUCCUCUUCUCAUGGGGCCUCUGGGCUCAACGGGGCUGCCAGGAGAGAGAUGGAGGUCAAUGGCAGCGCUGCAGGGAAGAAAGUGGUCGACAGCAACGAGCUGCAGAGACUCUUUACUCAACCCAACGCACAAGAUGCCUGCAUGUCCAACUCCUACAUACUGAAUGACACCGACCUGUCUACAAUACCUUUGGAUGAGUUUGUAGAGGAGAGGGAGACGCCAUUUCAGGAGCAUUCUUCAGCCAGAGCGGCUCAGCCAGACCAAGGCUAAUCAUGUAUGAAGGCCCAUUCACAUUCGACACUUUUAGUGUCCACUUAGACUUUUCUCUCACUCAGGUCAACAAGUGUUUCUUUUCAAAGUAUUCUUUCCUUUUGUUCAAAUAAUUUUUUUAUGGGUAAGUUUAGAGGUACUGGGGGAUCUGGGACAGUUUAUUGGAGUGUUUUAUUCAUUUUCUGGUGUUUGCCAGCACAGAGAAUAGAGACCCUUGAAUGUCUUUGUUAUUACUUUAUUUUUAUGUUUAUAUUAGAACUGUCGCUAUACAAUUUGAAAUCGUCACAAAACCGUAUCAAUCAAAUUGUGCCAACAUCUGCUGUUUUUUGUGCAAAUCUGCUAAAAACAUAACCUACAAAAUCAGAGUCCCAAUACUUCAUUAAAAAGUAUUAAAAGGAGUGAAUGCAGUAAGGUCUGGUGGAUGGUACUAUAUAAAAAAGGUGGAGCUGUAUGGCCCAAAAUAUUUUAAAUGCUUCGUUCUGCUGUAUAGAGAUCCGUUUUUCUGAGUUUUGUGACUAUUUCACAUUUUUCUGUGAGACUAAGCUUUGAGAUUCACAUAAAUACCUACACUCUGAUCGUGGUUAUCAGUUGUUGGUCUUAUUUCUAUUUUUCUGUGGAUGUCAAAGACUUGCUGCCGGCUCUUAACCACCAAUGAUUCCACCUUCGUACUCAGAAAACCUCAACCUUCUUCCAGGGAUUCAAUACAUUCUGUCUCAGGACUUUGUUUCAGUAAUAUCAACAUUUUUAUGAGUUCUUGGCCUUCAUACAGGUUCUAGACUUGGCUGUGUGAACCUUACAAGUUGAUAAAAGCCUACCUCAGCCGGAAUGAAUGUGUUUCGGGAAGUUGUAGGGACUUUGCCUUCCCCUGUGAUCAUACUCACUCUACAAAUGAUGAGGAACCAGUUGUUUGCAUAACUACAACGUCAGGUGCUGCUCUACCUCAGAAGUCAACAAUCGUCUCUCCUCUCCUUCUUAACGACGUAAAAACAGACAAAAGAGCAUCCAACAUAAAGCACUUCCAAAUGCUGAAAUUAUUGUUCUACCUCAAGAUAACAAAAUUAAUGUUGUCGCUGUUGUUGUUGUAGUUUGUUUUAUUUUUUUAUUGCAUAAUGAAAACCCUUCUUUUUCUCCCUUUGUGAAGUCCUGGCUCUUCCCCUCUGUUGUUGAAUAUGAUGUUUGUAGAGAGUCAGUACCUCAUGCAAGUUGACAGACUGAUAACGCUGUAUACAAUGUGUUGAAAAAUAUGUACGAGUUAAGCUGGGAGUUAACUUCUAGCAUGUUAUUUUCAUUGGUUGAGUGUAAGAAGAUGUUAAUUAGAGAUACACUGCAUUGCUAUUCAUGUCCCUGGGAGGAUUUAAGAUAAAAGACAUAUUUAUUGUCAGACUGACCAGGAUACAGUAUAUUACCAAUGCAACUGCAGAUGAUGCAGUGGUUAAUAGUCCAUAUUUUAGUUUUUAAUUGAUCAAAUUAUUUCAGACAGAUAAGGUUAAUCUAUUAACUAAGAAAUAAAGAAAAAAAAUCAAAAUUAUUUUUCUAAAAUUAUUGGUGUUAAGACUUUAAUGACUACUUUGACAUUGCAGUAAGUUUUGGCUGGAGAUGAGAAGAUCAAUCCUGCUCUUUCAACGUUUUUUGUUUUUUUUCCACCUUGAAGACGUUGUAUCAGAAUAGCUUGGCAAAAAUCCAAACAACAAAAAUGCAAAAUGCAGCUAGUUAUCCUAGACCACUAUGCUGGUGGUUAGGAACAUUUUUGUUUUCUUUUUUGUCACGUAAAUUGGUAAAUUUUAAUCCCAAAUCUUCUGUAAGUACAAGAGAAGCAGCAGCAUCUCAGAACAUUAGGCUUAGCUUAUUUGCGGUGCCUUGCCUUGUAAAGUAAACAUUUUUGUCCAUUUUGACACAUAACUGCAAACAUCAGUGUAUAUUAUUGGGAUUUCAUGUGAUAGAACAACACAAAAAAGUGUAUUUUUGUGAAACAAUGUGAAAACGAUGCACUGUUUUCAAAUUUUGAAUUUAGACUUUGACUGGGCCACUCUAAAGCAUGAAUAUGGCUUGAUUUAGAUCAUUUAUUGUAGCUCUGGUUCCCAUACAUGGCUUGUGGCAAACUGGAUGCAAUAUACAUUAUGGUUUUCGUUCUACAAUGGCUUUCUUCUUGGUAGGUAGCAGUUCUGCUGUACCUAUACCAGUUUCAGAUUAAAAAUUGAACAGAGCUCAACAGUCUUACAUUUGAACUAUUGGUUUUUAAUAAAAUCCUCUUCAAAUGUAUCCCUGAACUGUUGGGUGUAUUUCUUAUUCUUUAUAAUGCUGUUUUUUAUUUGUGAAGGAAAUUGAAAACUAUGAACCAUUUCCCUUUGACAUUGCAAUUAAGCACUACUGUGCUUUGUUUUAUCUAAGAAAAUCCCAAUGAUAUGUAUAGAAGUCUGUGGUUGUAAAGUGACAAAAUGUGAAAAGUUUAAGGGGAAUCAAUAGUCACACGGCAGUGUGGCGUGUUUUCGCUGGUUGCAAUAGAGCUUAGCUCAUUUAAGCUUUUCUUAAAGGCAGAAAAUGAUGGAGGAGGUAGUAUUAGGUAAACUAAAUCCAGUCACCACCAUCAUUAAUCUUGUUUUAUGUGUAUAAAACAGCAAACGGAGACAACACAGUAAAAGGUAGAGUGGUGUUGAUCCCUCAUCAAAACCAGAAACUAAAUAUGCAUUUUUGCUAACUAUUAUGUCAACAACACACAUGUGGUAUUGAUCUUUAAAAAGAAGACCAAAUAUGCAUUUCCAAAAAGGAAACAAAGUAAAUUUGUAUUUUUCAAAACUCAGAUUGAAAGCAGUGUAUCUCUAAGUUCUUUAUGAACAUUUGUUGCUGCAUUACUUUUAGAUGCAUCUUUUUUUUCUUUUGCAUUAUAUCACCUGACAUUGUUUUUUUAAAGAAACAGUCGCCUUUUACACAUCUGGUGCCCAGUAGAUGAAAAAUAUUCCAUACCUUGCUCGUCUUCUGUUACUCUUGCCAAAACCACCAUAGCUGCUCACCCAUCUUCCUCCCAACACUUCCGGAUCACCUGCCUUUUACUUCUUAGACUCUGAUGACUGCAAACAGAGAGCUGGCUGAAGGAGACUAACACAUAGAGAUUGUUCGGUAACAAAAAAUAAAAAAAAACACACAGGGACUCUCUAUGCAGCUCAAUUGCUCUCUGUCAUCACAGAUGCAUUUUGGUUAUCUACCUCAACCCUGUUAUUGGCCUUUCUCUCAGGUUCUAAUGAAGGAAACUAUAUAAUAUGAACAGUAAAGUAGUUAAUUUUAGUAGACAAACACAGAAACAAUACUCAGCCACACAAAUAGAGGGAGAACUUUUCAGGACCUUUAUGUCAUGCACUAUGUAAACACCUCAUACUUAAUUUCUGGUUCUAGAUAAGAAUGUGUUUCACUUUUUUUUUUUACUUUAUUUUAACUUUUUUUUUUCCUCACUUUGAUUUACUUGUGCCAGGAAAAGUGAGAAAACAGUGGGUGACACGUACAACUCACACAGGUCCACAUGAUCUGUUCAUUGAUUUUCCUCUCAGGCUAAGACUUACUUAUGCCUUAACUAGAUUAAAUUCAGAUUAUUUAUAAGAUCAUAAAAACAGAAAACCUCUCUCAUAAUUCAGUGUAACAAAAGUUGCAAUUUUAACACACAAUUUUCCAAAAUGUGGAAAGUUGAGUUGUACGAGUCCCCUCUGCAGUCAUUUUAAUUUUUUUAUGCAAACCAGCACUUCUGUACUGUAUAUGUGGUUACCAUCUUUUUAAUCAUUAUACAUGGUCUCCAGUUGUAUGCCUUUUAAAUUAUGUAGACUUAAAUCUCUGCAGAUGUUCUUCUUGCUUAUAUUUCUUCUACUUAAUUGUUAAUAUCUCAUUGGAGGUGCUAGGAUGAAAAAGCAGUAAACUGUCAAAAUAGUGUAUCAAAUGUCGAAGUUAAAUCUCGCCUCUCUGUAUAUUUAUUAACCACCAAUGUAAUAUUUUCCCUCCAGGGCUGCUUGCAGCCAGAAUCAGUGUUGUUUUAACCUUUGUUGGGAGUAGUUUUACUAAGGAUCCACUGAUCCACUGGGUCUGUGGUUCAGCUGUGAUCAUGUGUACGUGAUAAGACUUUCAUAGGUCAGGCUGUCAUGUUGCAGAAUAACGUUAGAUUUAAUGGGUUGCUCAGAGCUGUCAUCACAGACUAUCAGCAAAGGGGACCUUAUGACUCUUUUGCUAACACUUUAAGUAAAAUGUGAGAUUUUUUCUUCUGUGUUUUACAAUCUGUUCUCAUCUCUUUUUUUUUCCCCCUCUUUGUUUAAAAACCUUGAAUUUUGGUCGAAGAAGAUUGUGUGCUCAGGAACUCAUUGAUCUUUGCUCAUAUAACUCAAACCAGGUUUCUUCCAUAAUUCUGUACAAUGUUCAGGUCAAACAGAUUUUCUGUGAGGUGUAAUUAUCUAUGCUGGACAUUUAAGUAAAUAGGAAUCCAGCGGGGACAAAAAUAAAUCAAUACAAGUGUUUUAUUAGCACGAAAAAGAAAUGUUUCAUCUGCCUCUGUAGCACACCUAAGGGGAGAUAAGCAUCACCAUAAGAUGAAACAGCAGCCUUGGGAAAAUAAUGUGACAAACAGUAACAUUUACAAUAACAACUUAGAUUUUUAAAAAUAAAAGAAAUGUAGCUUUCUGGUAUCUUUUAGGGUAUUAAAUAAAAUAUAUUCAGGUUUAGAAUGUGAAUGAGACUAUUUUAAUUGAGCUUUACAAAAUUGUGAAAAGUUUAGAUUUAAUUUUAUUUACAUAACAAUCAAUAGAAAGAUUGAUAUAUAAUCAUUAAAUCACUAUUUUCUGCCGUAAAUCAGCCUCAAAAGCUUUCAAAGGGAGCGCUGUGAGCUGGGCAUUCACAGGGUUUGUUUUACUUCGAGUAAAACGAUGAUGUAUGGCUCAAACGCAUUUCCCACGAGCAUCUAUCUUUCUUCUGAUAUGCAUCAUCUAAACACGAAAGCAGAUCAAGUCAGAAGGAGAGGAAAAAGGCUUAGACUGACUAGAAUGAUAAUAUACUUCUGUAUGUAAUCCUGUACCUCUGUUCUCAGUGCAACGGAUGUGUAUGAAAACCUGAUAAAUUCAAAAAUGUUUUUCUAAAAGCUGAAACAGUGCAAUCAGCUCUUUUCUUGAUAGAUCCAUGACAUUAAUCAAACUGCUGCCAAAUGACCACUAUGAUAUGAUUGUGAAAUACUUAUAAUUCCAAUUAAUUUGCCUGUUUGGUGUUCUUACUUAUCCUGGGUUUCAAGAUUUUCUAAGUAAUUUAUUAUCAGAUCGUGAUUUGCUGUAAUUGUUCUUCAUUAUUUGAGCUCAGUGUUAUAUUUUUACAUGCUUCUUUCAAGAAGGAAGAUUAAAUCCAGUGUAUUUAAAGGUAGUAGGCAAAGUAAACUCUACAGUAGAUCUGCAUAGAAAAAAUAAAAAGCAAGAAAAAAAAAAAACAAGAAAGCUAAUGUGUUAUUUUAGCUUAAUUAAAAAAGUGUUGGUUAAUUCUUAUUGGACUUGUGAUGAUAACACUGUGAUAUUCAGCCAUAUAAUGGCAAAAAUAAUGUUGUGAUCUCAGUAUGGUACUAUUGAUGGUCCUGUCUCACAUUGUCAGUCAAUCAGUUUUAAUGGUGUGUAUUGAUGAAAAAAGGCUGACUGACCUUUCCAGUUGACAAAGUCUGUCUUGCCCCUCGUUGGGGCCAGAUGAUCACAUCAUCCUCAUCCUGUUCCCAUCUGGCAUCCUGUUCACAUGAUUGUCUUGGGGUGAGGUCCUGUCAGUCGUGUUACCUUUUUUUAAAACAAUAUGUUGUGUUUAUUUUCCCCUUCACACCAUCUUUGCUCGAGGAGAAUGUCUGGGUUGUAUUGAUGUUACAAACAUGAGCUUAAGCCACCCUUCAUAUCUCUGAAAUGGGGAAAAAAGCUCCUGGGUAGAAUUUGCUCUGCAAGUGAAACCAACUACACAACACCUGUCCUUUAAAUUUAGGAUUAAACAUUAAAGUCAACUACAGCCUUUUAGUAAAAACACAGAAUACUGAGACAUUUAUUAAAUGUCUCUGUAUAGAUAAUAAAAUUACACUGUUAAUCUUGCUUCACAACGUGGAAACAGAGAAUUCAAGAACACAUUAAGGGGCAAAAUUAUAUCAAUAGGUUGUCAACAUAACUUGUUGAAGUAAAGAAAUUUCAUCAGCUCUAACCCACUGCUGUCAGGGUUCUAAGAGUUAUACGCACAACAUUGAACAAAUUAUGUUUAGUAUCAUCGUAACCUUACAAACUCAACUUCAGAUUUGUUAGCAGUAGGAUUUAAACUUCUACUUUCUGUAGAAAGAAGUCAUUAGAGAUUGCAAACAUAAUCCAAUAGUGAAGUUACAUUUUUAAUACUGAGCUCAAAGUUACCAGAGAAAUAAAUGAAUUUUGUAAUUGUCAUUAAAAACAUCUGCUUAUAUCAGAUAGGUUUCCUGAGUUGUAUUACAAAAUAUAUGGCAAACAAACAGAGACUGGUCACCACUCUUUAAAAGUAUCAACUUGUUUUUCAUUUUACAAGGAUUAAUGGUGGAUAAAAGUAAAAACUUUUAUUUUGUCUAUGCAGUUUAAUUUUACUAUGUUCUGCAGAGUUCAAACAUGGUGCCAGCCUGAACACAGAAAAUUAACACUGUGCAUUUCCAGCUGUUUAAUGUGUCAUCAACUUCACUUUAGGAAUGAAGGGAACAUAAAGGUUUAUAUUUAGCUCAUCGCCAUAUAGUCAUGUUUGUUUGUCUGUGACAGAUUUUUUUUAUUUUGUUAUUAUUGUAUGUCUGUCUGAUGAGGUCACUGCCAAUAUCUGCUUUUUACCCACAGUUUGAUCCAGGUCAACACAAAAUGUUUUAGUUAUUGUUCUCAGAGCAUUGUCAGGGAUCUCUACAUUUCCAUAAAAUUUUGUUUCUACACUCUCCGGUGUCACAAUUCUAAGUUAUAAAUCUCUAUACAUAUCCACAUAUACUGUGUGUACUGUAUGUGUGUAUGUAUAAAUGUAUAAAAAGAACAUUUUUUAGUGGGUUGUAUUGUUUUAGGGUUCAUUGUGCAAAACUGAUUGAAGAAAAAAAACAAUAUCAGUGAUAAUAAACUAGUUACAAUAAUAA